AUGGCUAAUAUAUCAAGCGUAGAAAACACAGACCAUCUCACAAACAAUCUCACGACUUAUUUUAUAGCGGCUACGACACUUGAUGAGCCAUCGUUUGGGGAAAUACAUGGCAGAAAAAAUCUCACAUCUUACUUUAUAACAACUACCAUACUGGAUACCUUCUUUGCAUUGGCUGGUACACUGAUUAACGUUUGGUUUCUUGCAGCCAUGUUGAAAUCUCCAGAAAUUCGCUCACGUUUGCGCAACAAAAUUAUCUGUGGUAUGUUGGCGGUUAACUUAACAGAGUCGGCGAUACGUUUGCCGAUUAUGGCAACUGACGGAAUUAUGAGUCUUCUUCAUGUUCGAGAUAUCUUCAAAUGUGACUUGUUAAUAAUUCCCAUAAGCCUCUUCCACAUCCAAGACUUUAUAGGCAACUGGUACAUUUUUAUUCUCGUAUGUGUUUACACGGCUCAAGUGAUGAACUUUGAACCCAGAUUCAUCCUCCUUUGGAAGAAAAUUACCACUGCUCUUGUCAUAACAUCUCCAUUGGUGUUCGCUUUAUUACUGGUAUCGUUAACCAUCGACAGUUACGCACGCAAAGACGAUUUCUGUUUUGAUAUCGAUUUCAAAGGACUUCUACUCUACACAUCGUUAGACAUUAUUGUUCCGCUGGCAUUAGCAAGCUUGCUUUUAGUGGUGACUGCAGCGUUGAAGUACAGACGAUAUCCACAGAUUCAUCUUUUUGAUAAUCUUCGUGCACAGCUGAUAGACGACAGGUCCAAUAUAGAUCCGUUGUGUGCCUUUGUUGCACUAGUUGUCACUGCAGUGGUGUCUGACUUGUGCCUGACUGUUUCCUUAUUGAUUUUUAAACAUGUGCCUUCAAUUAGAUUGGAAAUCUGGCUCACAGUGUUGUAUGUCUUCGAAGUCCUGAGCUUCCUACGCCUGAUUCUAUUACCGGUGAUGCUCCUGUGGUUUCCAGACAUUAGAGAACGAAUCAAGACCUGGAGACCUUGCCGUCAAUCAGAUCCCCAAGCUGAUUUGGUUGUCAUCUACGAGAAAAACGCUUCUGAUUGA